CCGCCGCCCCCAGCCGCACGCCCCGCGCCCGCCCCCGCCGCACCCAGGCCGCGCUCGCCCGGCGAAGCGGAGGGCCGCGGCGCCGAGGGGCUGCUGCGGCGAUCGGGCUCGGGCUACGACGGCAGCACCAGCUGGAAGGCGGCCUUGGAGGACACCACCACACGUCUCCUGCUGGGGGCCAUCGCCGUCCUUCUGUUCGCCAUCCUGGUGGUGAUGAGCAUCUUGGCUUCCAAGGGCUGUAUCAAGUGCGAGGCGCCCUGCCCGGAGGACUGGCUGCUCUAUGGGAGGAAAUGCUACUUCUUUUCUGAGGAACCGAGAGACUGGAACACGGGCAGGCAGUACUGCCACACCCACGAGGCCGCACUGGCUGUGAUUCAGAGCCAGAAGGAGCUGGAAUUCAUGUUCAAGUUCACACGGAGGGAGCCCUGGAUUGGCCUGCGCAGAGUUGGGGACGAAUUCCACUGGGUCAAUGGGGACCCGUUUGACCCGGACACAUUCCCCAUCUCGGGCCCGGGGGAGUGUGUCUUCGUGGAGCCCACCCGGCUGGUGUCGACGGAGUGUCUGAUGACUCGGCCCUGGGUGUGCAGCAAGAUGGCCUACACCUGAGGCCCAGCUCGAGCCUCCUGGGAUGCCUUCCAGCUGCAGCCCUCAGUGACACUCCUUUUCCCGUGGCCUCUAGCACUUAGGACUAGCCUCUCACAUGGCCCGAGUCUGUGUGGCCUUGUCGUCUGUGCCUCCUCCCCUCAGGUCAUCUGACCGCUCCUGUCAUCUGAUUAUAAGCCCCUGGAUAGCAGGGAUUGUGUGUUGAUGGCGUCUUUGUAGCACACAGAGCACGUGCUCAAAACACUGUUGUAGGUGACAGUAAGAUUGCCCCCAGCAUCCUCUCUGAACUGUUUGCUGUGGCAGGAGAGAGCAGUGGCUGGCCCUCCUCAGAAGGCUUGUCUUUUUGGUUUUGGUGGGUGUGACGAUUUUAGAGGCGCGGCAAAGCUGAAUGCUUUCCUUUGUGUUGCUUCCAUUACCUGAGCUCCCUCACAGUCCCCAAGCAGCUGGGUGUGCAGGGGCGAUGGGGUCGAGCUGCCUCAGCCUCCCCAGUGUCCUUCGCACCGUGCGUAGAGCCAGCCGAUGGGGAGAUGGCUGUGAGUGGACACCAGCCCCGGGAGGGUCUCCGGCAGGGACUGGGGUUGGUGCUGAAGAUUCUGUGACCACUGGGAUAAUCACGCUCACGUCACUGCCUCUCUGUGAAAGAUGAGCUGGCUUUCAGAAAUGCCCGCCUUCUGCCCCGAGCUCACCCCAGGAGAGGCGAGCACAGGAGGCAACUGCCUCUUUCCUCUGCCUGGUCUGUAGCGAGCCCCACACUGUGAGAUUCAAACUCAGGGCCGCUGGAAAACCUCCUGCCACGCCCACUGGAGAGCCCACCUCUCUGACAAGGCAGCCUGCAAUGGACACAUGCGAGGCCUGGCUCCGAAGACCUACCUGAGUCUAGUCUGCGGCUAGCUCUACCAACACACAGUCGUGUAGCUCAGGCCACUGUGCUAAACCUCUGUGGCCCCCGGCUUCACCUCCAUAAAGUAGAAAUCAUGUCUGCCCUGUCUGCCUCCCGGGGUUUUGAGAAGUGUAGGUGUUAGAAUUUCAGGGAUUAGAAAUUGCCCCAUUCUCACUAUCAUGAGGCUCAGAGAGGUUAAAUAACAUAUCCAAGGUCACACAGCUUGUGGCAGAGCUAGAAUUGAGGUCUUGUGGCUCUCCCAUUCCUUGUUGCACAUCUCAUGCUUUGUUCAUUUGUUUGCUUGUCUGCCGUCCAUGCAGCAGUGGAAGCUCCUAGGGGGCAGGGAUCUGUUCUCGUUGUACUCCUUUGUUUCUCUAGCGCCUGGUACAUACAGAAGGUGCUCAAUA